AAAAAAAAGAAUAAUUCUAAGUUCUAACGCUCUUCUUCUUUCUUUCUGCUCAUUUCGCUAAAACAAAGUAGAUCUCUUUACCUCCCUUCACUUCCGCAGCUUCGGGUCGGCGUUUCGAUCGUUGUCUACCGAAUGAAAAAUGGCGACCUUGGGUAGAGCAGGAAGGAAACAGCAAGGUUUCUUUCGAGGCGUGUUCGACCGUAACAAAAAUCGACCACCGCCGCCGGCGUUUCUUCGACUUCCCACUUCCCGGCAGACAUUCCGUCUAGUUAUAGCUCUUCUCGCUUUCAUCGCUCUCGCCCCACCUGUUUUUUUCCACUUCAGGCUCCGCCGUCUCCAACAGCUCCAAUUAAGGAAAUGCGGCUGGUUGAAUCAUCCUCCACUUGUUUGUGCUCAUGGUGGCGAUACAACUAAUGCAUUUCCCAACACGGUGGCAGCCUAUCAGUCUGCUCUUCGUUCUCAUGUAGAUUGCAUUGAGAUUGAUGUUUCGCGUUCCUCUGAUGGAGUCCUCUUUGCGCUCCAUGAUAGGGACUUGCAGCAGAUAUCUGGUAAUCAUACCGCUAGAGUUGGUCACUUCAGCAUGAAAGAGGAUUUACCAUUUUCUUGUCCCUUAGGAACUCUAACCAAGAUUUUAAUAUGCCACUUCACAUUCAUGAGACUGCUUACUUUGGUUUUUAAGUUAGAGAAACUGGAUAUCAUUCAGCAGUCUGCUCUGGAAUUCGGUGAGCAAAAGAUUCCCACUGUUGCAGAUGCUUUGACGUUGGUAUCAAGUUCAGUUCGGCAGGUGAUUCUGGACGCAAAAGUUGGACCUCCUUCCUAUGAAAGAGGACUUGCAAAAGACAUCCUUUCAGUUGUUGGGAAAGCGAAGUGCAGAAACUGUGUUAUUUGGGCCAAAAGUGACAGUCUGGCAAGGGAUUUGAUCAAACUAACAUCAGAUGUUGCGGUGGGGUACAUUGUGAUGAAGGAUCCUAACACAGGCAGGAGAAGCAACUUACUAAGGAUGAAGGGGGCUCGAGUGGUCGGUGUUUACCAUCCACUGGUGGACGAAGGGCUAGUGAGGAUUCUCCAAGGGAGGCAGAAGAAGGUGUAUACAUGGACUGUUGAUGAUGUGGAGUCAAUGCGGAAGAUGUUGGUGGAAGGAGUGGAUGCAAUUGUUACAAACCAAGCCAGUUUGCUCCAGCGGCUCAUGCAAGACAUUAGAGGCGAGUGUCGGGAGGAAGGUUUUUCUUUGCCAAGAUGAUAACAGUAACUUGAGUUGUAAGGUAGCCAUUCAUAUAAAUUGUCUGGAAGUUGUGUCGUCUUUGUAUCAUGCCCCGUAAGUUGGACAGAGGCAGAGAACCCUUGAACUCUUCUUUGGUAUAGGGUGUUCAAACAGAGUGGUUACCGUGGUAAUCAUUUUAAGCGGUAGUAUAUUGAUAGUUUUGUUUGGUUAAUUUGGAUAAUUUAUUUUAUUUAGUUAAACUUUUAAACUUUUGUGUUUUAGAU